ACCUCACUUUUAACAAAAUGUUAACUGAUUAACUCACGUGUUGCAAAACACAACACUACAAGAUGCAAGUUUCAGACGCUAAUAAUGUGAAAAUUUACAAUUUAAGUGCUGGAAAAUCUUUACCAGAAUGGCUGUCAGAGCGAAAACGACGUGCAUUAUUAAAGAAAAAUGUGGAUAUACGUAGAAGAAUUGAACUUAUCCAGGAUUUUGAUAUGCCUGGAUUAAGUACAUCCAUUCAAAUGUCAAAAGAUGGUCAAUAUAUAUUUGCUUCUGGUAUAUAUAAACCUCGGAUCAAAUGUUUUGAUGUAAAUAAUUUAUCAUUAAAAUUUGAAAGAUGUUUUGAUUCAGAAGUUGUUGCAUUCGAAGUUCUCAGUGAUGAUUACAGCAAAAUAGUAUUCUUACAAUGUGAUCGAUAUGUAGAAUUCCAUUCAGCUGGUGGUCGUUAUUAUCGAUUACGAAUACCACGAUUUGGACGUGAUUUAAAAUAUCACUAUCCAUCGUGCGAUUUAUUUUUAGUGGGAACAUCACCAGAAAUAUAUCGUUUAAAUUUAGAACGUGGACAAUUUUUACAACCGUUUACCACUCAGGCAUCAAUCAUAAACAAAUGUGAUAUUAAUCCAGUUCAUCAUUUGUUAGUUUGUGGUACACAAGAAGGUCGUAUAGAAGCAUGGGAUCCUCGUGUACGAGAGAGAGUUGGUUCAUUAGAUUGUGCUUUUAAUUGUGUUAACGAUAAUGGAAACAUUGAAGGUUUUCCAUCGAUAUCUGCUUUAAAAUUCCAUGGUGGCUUACAAUUAGGAGUUGGAACAGCAACUGGUCAAAUAUUACUUUACGAUAUACGUUCAAACAAACCAUAUUUCAUUAAAGAUCAUAUGUAUGGUUUACCGAUUAAAAAUGUCGAAUUCCAUAAUCAACAAGAUUUAAUAUACAGUAUGGAUUCAUCCAUUCUUAAAAUUUGGAAUAAAAAUGACGGAAAAAUAUUUACAUCAAUAGAAGCAUCGACGGAAUUCAAUGAUUUAUGUGUUGUACCAAACAGUGGAAUGAUGUUUAUGGCCACUGAAAAUACAAAAAUGCAAUCGUAUUAUAUUCCUGGUUUAGGGCCAGCACCAAAAUGGGCAUCGUUCUUGGACUCUUUGACUGAAGAAUUGGAAGAAUCAAAUUCACAAAUUGUUUAUGACGAUUAUAAAUUUGUUACAAAAUCUGAAUUGGAAUCUCUUGGUUUAGAUCAUUUAUUGGGUACCAAUUUACUACGAGCGUAUAUGCAUGGAUACUUUAUCGAUAUACGACUUUAUAAAAAAGCAAAAUCAGUCGCAGAACCAUUUGCAUUUGAUGAAUAUCGUAAGAAGAAAAUUCGUGAGAAAAUUGAAGAAGAACGUACAAAUCGUGUACAAUUGGAUAAAUUACCUAAAAUCAAUAAAGAAUUGGCUCUUAAAUUUAUGGAAACUGAAAUUAAUGAUAGCAAAAAGAAAAAGAAAUCAACAGGAAAUAUUAUGGAAGACAAUCGUUUCAAAGCAUUAUUUGCAAAUCCAGAUUUCCAAAUUGAUAAGAAUGCUGAUGAGUAUAGGCUAUUGAAUCCAGUAUUAUCACGUUUGGAUAAAACAAAAGAGAAACAAUUGAAAAAACAUUUAGAGCAACAAUUUGAAGAAGUUGAAGAGGAAUUAGAAGGUAAAAAUAGUUCUGAUGAAUCUAGUUCAGAAGAAGAAGAAGAGGAAAGUUCUGAUGAUGAUCAUACAUGGACGAAAGAAGUUAAAAAACAACAUCGUAUUAUCCAAAGAGAACAUAAAGCACGUGAAUAUGAAGAAGAGAAGAAACGAUUGGAAGCAGAAGAAGCUGAAGCAAAUGAACGACAACCAAAAUUCUUUGAAAUAAAAGAUGGAGAAGAAUUUACUGGAAUUAAGAAUAUUAAACGAAAAGCAAAUAAGAUAUCACUGGGUGAAAGAUUACAAGAGGACACAUCAAAUGUUCGUUUAUUAGGAUCCGUGGGUAAUCGUGAAAUGAAAUUUACAACAAAGAGAAAAUCUUUGAAAGCAAUAGAAUUACGAAAUCAAAGACAUCGUGAAGAACGGAAAAAACUUAUACGUCCUGCAAAAGGCAUUAUAAAACGAGGCUCAAAAUUUAAACGAUAAUUUACUGUUAAUUUAGAAUAUUUAAAUUAAGUAGUUAUUUUGUAUAUAAUAUAACUUAUGUAAAUAAAUCGUUUUUAUAAUAAUAAUAAUUGGUUCGUUACCAAUUUUUGAACAACGAAGGUGUGCGUUAACGUUUUAAAAAUACCUACAAUAGUGCGUUUGCGUUAGUUUUAAGCUCGGAGCCAGUGAAUACAUUUGUAUCCCAUGAAAACUCUCAGGGAAAAUAAAAAAAAUUCUGAAGAGGAAGCUACAAUUGUAAA